GGGUGAGUGGAGGGGCUGCAGCUUUUAUGAGUGAACUGGGUCACGGUGUUAGUACAGUGAACCUGUUGUACUGCAGUACAGUAUGUGCUGAAUGUGCAACACAUUUUGUGAACUACUUACAAUAGUGACGUGACUUUAUCACACGUUAAGAUGAUGCUUUAACAUGAAGGGAUAUAAUAGUAAUACUAAUGCAAUAAUACAGGUCCACGCACUAAACGUCACACCGUUGCGUUUAAGGGUGCACAAAGGUCAAAGUCCUGUUAUGUUUAGAUGAUCCCCACCGAUAAGGUUACUGUAUAUUUACUCACAACAACUUUUAAGCCACGGUGACAUCAUGACCUCAUCGGAGAUCCUCCCACUGGUGCGUUUUUAAUGAGGGCGUUCGUGACAUGGAACAGCGCCACCAAUCUGUCAAAAUUAUACAAGUGGAAAGCGGCAGAAAUGUAAACAGUGUGUGUUGAAUUUGUCGGCCUGAGUUGUGACCUGCUGCAGUCGACUGGAAACAUUCUUGGUGCCUGCUCUGACAUGUGGGCGCACUCACAGUGUCAGGCCAGCAGUGCGCUCCCCGCUCCGCCCGUGCGUGUGUAUUAGCCUAUGACUGUGGAUGAGUGUGUGUGCGCGCGUGUGAGUAAGAGAGAGGGAGAGGGAGAGAGAGGCGGUUUGUACUGUUGGGAAGUUUCAGUAAGUGAGUCAACCCACGCCACGCAGCGCUGCUGCUGGAUCUGGUGCGUGGACACCUAUUGUCCUCCGAGGACGCGGCGCAUUAAGACAACUUGGAUCACUUUACAGCUGGGGAUUUUUUAAAUAAUUUUUGUUUUUCUUUCGUGGACACGCUGGAAAUGGUUGUUGAGGCUCCGACGCGUCUUUUUCCUCACUGGAAUUAAACGCGACUGCAGCAGCGGCCGAGCGAUGAAAGUGACGGUGUGUUUCGGGAAGACCCGAGUGGUCGUUCCGUGCGGAGAUGGGAAUAUUAAAGUCCACAGCCUCAUCGAGAAGGCGGCGAUGCGGUACAAAAAGGCGAUCGCUAAGGACCUUAACUACUGGGUGCAGGUCCACAGGCUGGAGCAUGGAGACGGAGGCAUCUUGGACCUGGACGACAUGCUGCGGGACGUGGUGGAUGACAAAGACCGGCUUGUAGCUGUGUAUGAAGAACAAGAUCCUCACAACGGAGGAGAUGGAACCAGUGCCAGUUCUACUGGUACACAGAGUCCGGAGCCCUUUGUUGGCGACCUGAGCUCGGUGUCGUCCUUCCAGCCGUACCAGAGCAGCAGUGAGAUUGAGGUCACUCCGUCCACUUUGAGAUCCAACAUGCCUCUCCACGUCCGUCCUAGCAGUGAUCCCUCCCUGGCUGCAGAAGUCCCAGUUGGUCCAGAACAGCCGUCCAGAAUGAACCCAGUUCGCUGGUCCACGACUGCUGGCUUCCACAAGUACAACCACAAACCCAACACCAGCAGUGGAACUGGCAGUCUGGAGAGAAAGGGAAGAGGGGCUCACGCCUAUCGGAGUCUUCCCCGGGACGCAGGCGGCUGGGCUUCUCAGUUCCAAAGGGAGAUGCUUCGAUCGUCUCUGAGCGCCAAUCAUCCCAUGGUGGAUCAGUGGCUGGACCGACAGGAGCAGGAGGAGGAAGAACAGCAAAGGAUCGAGCGCAUAGAGCCAGUAGGGGGGGCCGACUCUUCAGUGGAGAAGCCACCAGUGUUAAGUCUAGAGAGCAUGCUUAAGCCGGUGGAGGUGUCCAACGAAGGGGGGCCCUUGGGGAUCCACAUCGUGCCUUUCAGUUCACAGGAUGUCAGGACUCAGGGUUUGCUGGUUAAACGCCUGGAGCAGGGAGGCAAGGCCGAAACCGAACGUCUCUUCCAGGAGAACGACUGCAUCGUCAAGAUCAACCAGGGAGACAUUCGCAACCUGCGCUUUGAGCAGGCCCAGAACAUAUUCAGGCAGGCCAUGCGCUCCCGGGUCAUCCUCUUCCACGUGGUCCCUGCGGUCAUGAAGCGGCAGUAUGAGCUGCUGACGGGCCACAGCGACCACAGCCUGCACCAGACCAACAGAGUCUUCUUCAGCCAGAAGCCGGGGGACAGGUCCAGUUUGGUGGGAGGGCCUGCGAGUCGGCUCGGACCGCAACCUGGUUUUAAUCACAACCACCAAGGCCCUCUGUCAGGAAGCACACCAGAGCCAAACAGAAGGUACACCACGUUGUCCCACUCCAUGGUGUCCAGGACGGCAUCUGCCCCCUCCCCCUCGCUGCAGCGCAGAAUAAGCACCAACCCAUCCAACAGCUCCUACCUGAAGAACAAAGGCCGCCAGUUCAACAUCCAGUUGAAAAAAGGACCAGAGGGUCUGGGCUUCAGCAUCACCUCCAGAGACGUCCCCAUUGGUGGCACCGCCCCCAUUUACGUCAAAAACAUCCUCCCCCGAGGGGCCGCAAUCCAGGACGGGAGAUUGAAAGCCGGAGAUCGGCUGCUGGAGGUUAGCGGAGUGGACCUCGGUGGAAAGACCCAGGAAGAAGUGGUGGCCCUGCUUCGAGCCACGCCCAUGGGUGGGAUGGUGAACCUGUUGGUGACCCGACAGGAGGACCCGCUCCUGCCUCGAGAAGUGCAGCAGGAGGAAGAUGACCUGGUGUUAACCCCAGAUGGCACCAGAGAGUUCAUGACCUAUGAGAUCCCCUUAAAUGACUCGGGCUCCGCCGGGCUGGGUGUCAGCGUCAAGGGCAAUCGGUCCAAGGAGAACCACGCUGACCUGGGAAUUUUUGUGAAAUCUAUUAUAAAUGGAGGAGCCGCCAGCAAGGAUGGACGUCUCCUCGUCAAUGACCAACUCAUUGCAGUCAACGGAGAAUCACUGCUGGGAAUGACCAACCAGGAAGCCAUGGAGACUCUGCGCAAAUCCAUGUCAGUAGAGGGCAACAAACGGGGGAUGAUCCAGCUGAUUGUGGCCCGACGGUUUCCCAAAAACUGUGAGGAAGUCCCUGGCAGCCCUACAGCGUUAGAGCAGCAGCUGAACUCUUUAAUGGACGGCCACGAGCGUCGGAUCUCCCACUCCCUCUACGAUCCCGUCGAAGGCUUGGACAAUAUCGCCUCACCGAGGACCAAUGUGGUCAGAAGAAUCGGGAGCUAUCAGCUCUCCCCCACUGUGAACAUGCCACAGGACGACAUUGUGAUGAUAGAGGACGACCGGCCGCCCCUGCUGCCUGCCAACCUCUCCGACCAAUCAUCCUCCAGUUCCCACGAUGACAUGGGCUUCGUCGGAGAGAACCCUGUGACCUGGAUUCACGAGCUGCCUGGUCAGAAUGAAUGCUCACUCAGUCCCGACGUAGACCCUGAUGGAACGUUCCAGAGGGAAGGCUUCGGUCGACAGAGUAUGUCCGAAAAACGCACCAAACAGUACAGCAACGCUGCCGAGCUGGACAUCGUCAAGUCCCGCAAGUCCAAAAGCAUGGAUCUAGGCAAAACAGAAGAGGUUGGACCCUCACUGGGCCUGAAGAAGUCCAGCUCCCUCGAAAGUCUCCAGACGGCCGUCGCCGAAGCCGCGCUGAAAAGCGAGAUUAAUGUCAACAGGCAAAGCUCGCGCAUCGUCAGGGGCCGAGGCUGCAACGAGAGUUUCCGAGCCGCCAUCGACAAGUCGUACGAGAAACCUGGCGUCACGUUGACGGAGGACGAAAACAGCAUGGAGACAUUGGACGAGGACACAGAGGGAAGUUCCCGCUCAGGUCGUGAGUCAAUGUCCACCAGCGGUGACCUCAUUGUGGGCACGGGGCUGAACGGCAACCUCUCCAAAGACGACCGAGUCAGAGAUUGGGAGAAGAUUGGAGGGAAAGAAAAGAAGAAACCGGAGAGAGAUAAAGAGGAGAAAGACAAGGAAAAGAUAAAAGCCAAGAAGGGCGUGCUGAAAGGCCUGGGAGAGAUGUUCAGGUUUGGAAAGCAAAAGAAGGAUGAGCGACCAGGAGAACGGAUGGAGAGGAAGGGCUCCAGUAAGUCCAAAACUGAGGAGAUGCAGGCGUCGGAAGAUGACACCCAUCGAAUGAGACUGGAACAGGAGAGAAUUCAGGCCAAGAUGAGGGAGCUCCGUGAGAAACAGGCAAAGGAGAGGGAAUAUGCCGAGAUCCAGGACGUGGUCAGCCGCACCUUCAGCUCCGACGAAGAGCACACCUAUGCUGGCAUUGGAUCGCUGGACUCUUCGGUGGACAGCAGCAGCAUGGACACGUACAGUCACCCCUACCAUCUGCCUCAGAGUCCCCAGAAUCCUCCGCUGCCCACACAUGUCCACGGCAAUGGUGCGCCUGUAGAAGCUGUGUACGCUCAGGUCAACAAACUCCGCAAUGGACGCCCUCCUGCUCCCGACAGUCCGAUGACUCCCAGUAACCACGACCGGAUACAAAGGCUGAGGCACGAGUUCCAGCACGCUAAGCAGGACGACGACCUGGAAGACCAUCGGCACACUUACAGUUUCGACCAGUCUUGGAUCAGCAACGGGACAGAGACGCAGAGCGGACGUCUGUCUGUGACGGUUGAUUCUCAGGCUCAGGAACAGCGGCUGGAGGACAGAGACAGUUUUCAACAAGCGCAGAGACAGUACAGCUCCCUGCCACGGCCACCACGCAAGAAUGCCAACACAGCCUCCCAGGACUCCUGGGACAAUGUGCAUGCACCAACAGAGAAAUUCCAAAAAUCCAAGGAGAAUUCCCGCUACUCCGUAGCGCAGGGAUCACGUAACGGCUACCUGGCAACAUCCAGCUUUAACGCCCGUGUCCUCCUGGAAACUCAGGAGUUGCUGAGGCAAGAGCAGAGACGCAGAGAGCAGGAGGCCAACAAGGCCAGACCGCCUGAGGAGCCCUCCAGUGGAAGCUCCUACGACCAAAACCAGGGUCCUGCUGCUGCCCCAGUUCUGCCCCCACCUCAAUCCAAGGGCCCCUACAGACAGGACGUGCCCCCGUCACCUUCUCAGCUCGCCAAACUCAGCAGACAUCAGGGAUCUGAGAAGGGGAGGCUUUUUUACUCCUGAGGUGACAAGAGUGGUCGUUUGUGGUACUGGGGUGUUGGAUCCUUCCAAGCAAGAUACUAAGAGGGCAAUCUUUUUUUUUUUCUUUCUUUUGUAUAUGCUUUAACAUCCAUGGGCUUGUUGAUAUAAAAUGUUAAUAUUUAAAGAAAAGAUUUUUUAUGGCAGAAAACAAUAUAGUUGAGACAUUUGUUGAUGUGCACAAGUGCCUUAGUGUUUGGUAUAUUUUCGGUACCUGCUACGGUACAUUUUGGACUCGUGGUCCUCAGCUUUAACAUUCCUAUCCUCAGGCUGGUGGUUUUUGCCCUCAUCAGACUGCCUUAUCUUACACUAAAAUGACAGCUCAUAUUAUCAAGUGUGGUCUAAUGAGUUAUUGCCUCGUCUUCAGCAAUAAGAAAGCCUCUGAGUCUGAGGACGAAACAUGGACUUCUUCUGUUAUGAUACGAGUCAAGCCAUUCAGAGACCUUCCCUUACUAGGAACUGUGUAACUAACUCAGGAUGUGUUUAGAAUUAACCAGCAUGGUUAGCUUGAGCAGAGACAAUUUUUUAUGAUAUGACUUUACAGAAAGAAACAGCGAUCAUUAUAUUUUAAGGUAUUUCGAGCUUUUGUUCGGUUUGGCUAAAGGAUGUUUCCUAUGUCUUCUUAUCACUUCAUCCGUUUUGGAUUUUUGAGAUGUUCAGAAAAGCUUUUGUAUAACUUAGAUCCUUGUAAGGAUCUGAAAUCCUGCAUAUUUGUCUUGUUCUGAUACUAAACGAAAGGCACUGCAUGGGAAUGAGUGUGUAUGCGUGUGUGUGUGUAUGUGUGUGUGCUGGCAGGAUUUGGCAUGCAGUGACACAGUGUGUGGAAGACAGACAGCUUGUGUGAAUGCGGGACUCGGAGCUUGGGCUUCGGCCAUGUCCACUCAACCCCCCUCAGUUCAGUUCCCUUAUGGUUUCUAAUUCAUUUCUGCAUCUGCGUCUAAUGCUCUGUAUGGGAACCAGGACGUCUGCGCUUGUCUCUCGCCACGGCUUUGUCUGUGAUUUCUUUUUUGCCUGUGUUUCUUGACAUCAUCGCCUUCACCACAUGACCUUUUUCAUUCAUCCAAGGUAUCCAGCGCUAGAAAUGAUUGUUAGUUAGCUGUUCAUAUUAAAAAAAACCUGAAUUAACCCUUUA